AUGAGUAACAAAUUCACUCCGGAGGUACCAAAGCGAAAGUUACCUCCACAAUUUCCACAUGAUCAAUCCAAUGGAAGUGGACCAGUUCAACAUGCCUCAACUUCAUCGUCACCACAAUUGAAGCCAGCACCAAUCAUCACAGCUAAACCCUCGCCACCCUCACCAUCUUCACCAGUAUUACAAACACCGCCUCCACUCGUUGUUCCACCACCAACAACUCACCACCCACCAACAUCAAAGCCAGUUGCAUCAUCAAAUGCGCACCCACAUCCACCACCACCUCUAAACAACACCACACCACCACUUCAACACACUGUCAAAGUUGCAGCAGCAGCAUCGUCACAACCAACAACCACUUCAACAACAACAACCAAUGCACAACCACCACAACAACCACCUCCCCAUGCAGUAUCGAAACCAAAUCCAAUUCCACAAUCGAAACCAACACCACAACCAAGAAGUGCAAGUAAUUCACCUACAGUUUCAUCACCAGCGUUACCAUCUUCACCACCACAGCAAUCCGCUCUCAACUCGAGUGGAGUACAUCAACCAACACCAGACAAGCCAAACUCACGUAUCAUGAGUGUCAAUCUCAGAGAAGUCAUAAGUCAACAGGAUCACAUCAAAGGUGAUGUUUUAGCCAAAAAUCAAAAACUAUUGUUUGAAUUGAAACGUGAAAUUUCGAUAUCGAGUAAAAAGAAUUUCACAUUGGAAAGAGAUAUUCGUACUUUGGAUAAAAAGAUUGCAUUGUUGAUCAAGAAUCGUAUUACUUUGGAUGAAAUUAUGCAGUCGUCAGGUGACAUUCUCGAGAUGCAAAACAAAACCAUUCAGAUUAAAGAUAAAUCGCAGCGUGAAAACUAUGGACAGCUGUUCUACCUGCUGCAAAACAACACCACUUACAUUGCCAGCUUGGCAAAGCUGGUCAAGGUCGGUGAGAUCGACAAUCUCUUGCAGACCGUAAUGUUCACACUCUACGGUAAUCAAUACGAGGAGAACGAAGAACAUCUCUUGCUCUCGAUGUUUCAAAAGGUGUUGGCCGAGGAGUUUAAGGAGGCCACCUCGAUUGGUUCACUGCUUCGUGCGAACACCGCUCUGACGCGUAUGAUGACAACUUACACCCGUCGUGGUCCAGGACAACAGUACCUGAAGCACUCGCUCACCAAGCCACUCGAGGCAAUCACCAGCAACAAAGAUCUCUCACUCGAGAUCAACCCGUCGAUCGUCUACGAGGACCACAUCAACGAGUACGAAACCCAAACCGGAAAGCCGUCGCCUCUCAAGCGAAAGGCGCCACCCGAAGAAUGCGCACAAAACGGCGCCGUCCAAAACAUCAUUCGUCCACGUAUCGAAAACCUGGUGUCCAUCGGUGACAAGUUUAUCGAAUCGAUUAUCUCGUCGAUCGAUUUGGUGCCCUACGGAAUCCGUUGGAUUUGCAAGCAGAUUCGCGAGUUGGUCAAAGUCAAAUUCCCAAGUGCUACGCGUGCACAAUCCUGCGGAUUGAUCGGAGGAUUCUUCUUGUUGCGUUAUAUCAAUCCCGCUGUCGUCAGUCCACAGGCAUUCAUGCUUGUCGAAGCGAAACUCUCAAACAACACCAAGAAGAAUCUAACCUAUCCCGCCAAGAUGAUGCAGAAUCUCGCCAACAACAUCAUGUUUGGUGGCGUCAAAGAGUUCUUUAUGGAGCCUUUGAAUGUAUUUUUAGAAAAGAACAAGGAUCGACUCAACGACUUCCUCGAGCUGCUGACCAAAGUCGACAACCUCAGCGACCACCUCAACCUCGAUAAAUAUAUAGCGCUCGGACGUGUCGGUGACAACAUCACAAUCAACAUUACACUCAAUGAAAUGUACUUUGUGCACAGUCUACUUGAGCAACAUCUUGGCGUGCUUGCUCCCGAGCCAAAUGACCCACUCCGUCUGAUCCUCUCGGACCUAGGUGCCGCGCCAGCACAGUUGCCGCGCUCAGAGAACGCCAACGUCGAACUCAAGCUAACGAAUCGCUUUGAAUUGAAUGAAUCACUAAACAUCAAGCCAGAACAAAUGUAUAAUGAAACAAAGUAUCUGUUGUUCACUGUGUUGCGAUCGCUCGCCAGCGGCAAGGACAUGACAGACAUGGGCGCAACCCUAGCGGAAGUUGCCAAGACCGCAGCGGCCAACAAGAACCAAGACAUUGUAGAUAGCAUUAAAAAGAUUCUCUUGAACUGCAAGAAGCUUUCCGCCAGCGGAUACCUCUCCGAGGAGGAUAACUACUCGCAGCUGCGCAAGGAUAUCGUCGCCGAGAUGCUCAACUACGAGUCGUACAUCGCCAAGACCAACACCGAGCUCGAAAAGCUUCGCCAGGUGCUCGAAGCGAUUCGCGAACACAACCUGUUCCUCCAGCAACAACUGGAGUCCUACGAGAAGUAUCUGGUGAACGUACGUGAGAAUUGCUCCGGUGGCAGUGGCGGUGACAAAAAGUCAAAGAAAGAAAAGAAGGAGAAGAAGAGCAGCAGCAGUAGUAAUGGUGGCGAGAAGUUCAAGAAGAAAGGACCAUUCAAGUUUAGUUACUCACAGCUUGAGAAGGAUGGCAUCAUUUUGGAGUCGGAAGUACCGGAGGAUCGUCGUUCCAACGUCUACUUUUCAUUCACAUCAGAGUCACCCGAAAUGUCAUUAAGUGUACCAUUGAUAUUCAAAAUGUAUUAA